CGGAGCCGAGCUGGGAGAAGGCGGCGAGAGCGAGCAGGCGGCAGGCGCGGUCCCUGCGAGCAGGCGAGCGAGCGGGAAGACGCAGCCACCGUCCUCACCAGCCAGCCCACAGCGGUUUAUUCCCUUCCUCGGGAGUGCGCCAAUGCCUGGGCCGACCCAAACCCUGUCCCCAAAUGGCGAGAAUAACAACGACAUCAUCCAGGAUAACGGGACCAUCAUUCCUUUCCGGAAGCACACAGUGCGCGGGGAGCGUUCCUACAGUUGGGGAAUGGCAGUCAACGUGUAUUCUACCUCGAUAACCCAGGAGACUAUGAGCAGACAUGACAUCAUUGCAUGGGUUAAUGACAUAGUAUCUUUAAACUACACAAAAGUGGAACAGCUUUGUUCAGGAGCGGCCUAUUGCCAGUUCAUGGACAUGCUCUUUCCAGGCUGCAUUAGUUUGAAGAAAGUAAAAUUUCAGGCAAAGUUGGAGCAUGAGUAUAUUCACAAUUUUAAACUUCUGCAAGCAUCAUUUAAGCGAAUGAACGUCGAUAAGGUAAUUCCGGUGGAGAAGCUAGUGAAAGGACGUUUCCAGGACAACCUGGAUUUUAUUCAGUGGUUUAAGAAAUUCUAUGAUGCAAACUAUGAUGGGAAGGAGUAUGAUCCAGUUGAGGCGCGACAAGGCCAAGAUGCGAUUCCUCCCCCUGACCCUGGCGAACAGAUCUUCAACCUGCCCAAGAAGUCGCACCAUGCAAACUCCCCCACGGCAGGUGCGGCUAAAUCGAGUCCAGCAUCUAAACCAGGUUCCACACCUUCUCGUCCCUCGUCUGCCAAAAGGGCUUCGUCCAGUGGCUCGGCAUCCAAGUCUGAUAAAGAUUUAGAAACACAGGUCAUACAGCUUAAUGAGCAGGUACAUUCAUUAAAACUCGCCCUUGAAGGCGUGGAAAAGGAAAGGGAUUUCUACUUCGGGAAGCUGAGAGAGAUUGAGCUGCUCUGCCAAGAGCAUGGGCAGGAAAAUGAUGACCUGGUGCAGCGAUUAAUGGAAGUGCUGUAUGCUUCAGAAGAACAUGAAGGCCACACAGAAGAGCCGGAAGGAGAGGAGCAAGCCCAUGACCAGCAGCCCCAACAGCAGGAAGAGUACUGAACCGUCUUGGAAGCUCAUGACACUUCCAUUGUGCAUGGGAACUUUUCUUCUGGAGAAUUGGAAUGUGCGGCCUCAAGCUCAAGAGAAACCAGUUGUUCCCAAUCUGCCAUUACCAUCAACGCACUGUUGCAUACGCCAGCCCUGCACUUGGUUCACAUUUCCCUUGCCAAGAUGCAUUAGCAGACGGCCAUCCUGGCCGCCUACCUGAGAGAUCAUAGGGUCACAUGCCUUCAACUUCACUUGGCUGCUUGAGAUUGGUUCUGCUCUUUUCCUCAUUUCUUUCCAGAACAACUCUUCCCUGCCCCAAAACUACCACCACCAUCACCAUCCCUUUUUAUCCUGGUGUGAAACAAUGGUAAUUUGAUAUAUGGUAUUUAUAUUGGCAUUUCUCAACCCAGUGUCACUAGAUGUCACAUGCAUUUGUGGUGCUUUGAUGUUUGCAAGUCUAACUUCUGAACAUAAAUUUGGUCAAAUAAUUGGAACAAAGGGAAACAGAUACUUGAUAUGAAAGCCAUAAUGACAGUGACUUAUGUCGUAGGGGAAAGCAUAGGGUCAGUUUCUCCCUCUACUCACAGUAAAAGGGAAAAAACUGAUUUGAAACUAGGACUUCAAGGCCCAGCCAGCAGUGUUCAUAGAGCAGCAUGUUAGACAACCACGCAGUAUGUUGUUGUGAAAGACAUUCACUCAAGGAAAACACCAUCUCAACUUUGCUCUCACUCUGCGUGCUCCUGCCCUCCCACCCCACCUCCCCAGUUCCCAGGUUCUCAUGUUAUUUUCUUUCUCAGGGUCCUCUUUGGUGGGCAGCCACUCCCCACAAAAUGUCAUCAGUUAUCUGCAGUUCAAAGGGGGUCUUGGUAGGUGCAGAUCCUCCUGCCUCAUCUCUCUUCCUCCUUACAUGGCUUUCAACCCAGAUCCUGACAUUCACACUAGGGAGUUCCUCCUGAAGGGCACCUUCAGCGUGUGCAGCCCAAGCUGCACUGGGAUCUGCGUCGGGUUGCCCACUGGCUGAAAGGCUGGAAGCAAACACCUCAGUCACAGGAGAGCGUUAGUUCCAAGGGCGAAUCACAUUCUGCAGUCUGGUGUGGACACUGGAUCCACAGCACAGAACAACCUGUGACUCCCAGUAUCUUCUGAAACGAGGAAUUUUCCCUCUUUAACACAAGGGCCCUCCUUGUCAUUGACAUUUGCUAAACCAUGGCAAUCCGUAAACAGGAAACGUUAGUGAAUUUAAAGCAUUCCUUAUUUUUUUAACUGAUAUUUGCACAUUUUUCUUAGUCUCUUUCCAAAAUCUUUUGCCUCUUUCUUCCCCCCUUUGACAGGUGGUCUCCCUUCCUGGAUCAUUCAUUCGUUUCACUUGGUUUCUAACUUUAAAUUUCCUUUAUUAGCAGGUGCAACAAAAAUAAGAAACAAAUGUCCCCAACCCACUCUCCCCUUAAUUGAAAUAAAUUUCUGAAUAAUGUAUCAUAAAACUUUGAAACUUCUUUAUUAAUUGAUGGAAUAAUUCUAAAUUCUAGCAUUGAAGCUUUGCACCAAAAGAAGUCUUUCCAAAAUAAAUCUUUUGCAGCAAAGUGGUAUUUAUUGAGUUAUAUAUGGAAAAGAUGGCUUGUAUUUUUGAGAUUAUUACAACACAUUGUGCAGAACUGGACAGAUGUUCCGUGGUGUUUGGUUUCCCUUUCUCCUCUCUCCUGCUCACUCUGCACUAUAGCAGCGGCUCAUUUCUCAGGCUAGAAAGCCUGGCUCCCAGCAGUGACAUCCUCCCACACCUGGUGAUAGGUAGUGGUUGUGCUAUAUACAACAUCAUGCUGAACGGUGUAUUGCCCCCUUAACCUGUUGUACUCACUGGCUGUAAAAAUAGCUCUUGUAAAGAGGCACAAUAAACAACUCCUUGCAGAUA